CGCGACACUCCACCACCGACGACAAUGGGCAUGGCACAGAUUCUCGGCCUGGGCCUUCGUGGCUUCCAGUUCCUCAUGUCCCUGUUCAUCAUGGCCAUCAUCGGAAACGCCAUCGCCAUGGGAGCCGACUCAUCCAUCAACAACUACACCAUGUUUUGCGCCGCAUUCGCCAUGCUAUGUCUCUUCUUCCUGAUACCCGCCACUUUUAACGAGCGCUUUGCCGUCCAUGGCGCCCUGCCGCUGGCUCUCGAUGUCUUGAUUACUCUCUUCUGGUUCUGCGCCGCUGUCGCACUCGCUGCCAAGCUGGGAGUACACAGCUGCAGCAACGACCGCUACGUGAGGAGCAACAGCGUGAUCCGAGGCGCAAGUGAUCAAUCCGCUGCAUGCCGUGAGGCGCAAGCCUCGUGCGCAUUCCUCUGGUUCGGUUUCGCCGCAUUCGUGGUAACAACUGCCUUGAGCGCAACUGGAAUGAGCGGCAGCUCAGCGCCCAAGGGUGGUGUUCGUCGUGGUCCAGCCAUGUCUCAGGUCUAG